GUACAAAGUGGACACGGUGAAACUGCAAUAGAACUUAAGAAGACAAGAAAACAUUUGCUGGCAACAAUACUUACUCCAAACUUCGUUUACUGUAUUUCGCCUUUCUCUGUGUAAUUGAAACAUGGGUCAGAACCAGUCAGGUGGACCAGGUGGAGGCCAUGGUGACAAGAAGGACGACAAGGAUAAAAAGAAGAAGUAUGAGCCUCCAGUGCCUACACGGGUCGGCAAGAGGAGGAGAAAGACAAAGGGACCAGACACUGCCAAUAAACUGCCCAAAGUGACCCCACACACUCGCUGUCGACUGAGACUCUUGAAACUGGAGCGUAUCAAAGAUUACCUCCUGAUGGAGGAAGAAUUCAUCCGCAACCAGGAGAGACUCAAGCCACAGGAAGAAAAAGAUGAGGAGGAACGUUCUAAGGUAGACGAUCUGAGAGGGACUCCUAUGUCAGUAGGUAACCUAGAGGAGAUUAUUGAUGACAAUCACGCCAUCGUCUCUGCCUCGGUGGGCUCAGAAUACUACGUCAGUAUCCUGUCAUUUGUGGAUAAGGACCAGCUGGAGCCAGGCUGCACAGUUCUGCUUAAUCACAAGGUGCUAGCGAUUGUUGGUGUACUUGGCGAUGACACUGACCCGAUGGUGUCUGUCAUGAAACUUGAGAAAGCUCCGCAGGAAUCCUACGCUGAUGUUGGAGGUCUAGAUCAGCAAAUUCAGGAAAUCAAGGAGUCUGUUGAGUUACCCCUAACCCAUCCUGAAUACUAUGAAGAGAUGGGAAUCAAACCACCCAAGGGAGUCAUCCUCUAUGGUGCACCUGGUACAGGCAAGACACUGCUUGCUAAGGCAGUUGCUAAUCAGACCUCGGCUACCUUCCUGCGAGUGGUAGGCUCUGAGCUGAUUCAGAAGUACCUGGGUGAUGGUCCCAAAUUGGUGAGAGAGUUGUUCAGGGUUGCUGAGGAGCAUGCACCAUCGAUCGUCUUCAUUGAUGAGAUUGACGCCAUAGGAACAAAGAGGUAUGAGUCCAACUCUGGUGGUGAGCGUGAGAUUCAGCGUACCAUGUUGGAGCUGCUGAAUCAACUGGAUGGCUUUGACUCCAGAGGAGACGUCAAAGUCAUCAUGGCCACUAACCGCAUUGAGACCCUUGACCCUGCUCUCAUUAGACCAGGACGUAUUGAUCGUAAGAUUGAGUUCCCUUUGCCGGAUGAGAAGACCAAGCGUCGUAUUUUCAACAUCCACACAAGUCGUAUGACACUCUCAGAUGAUGUGAACUUGGACGAGUACAUCAUGGCCAAGGAUGAUCUGUCUGGUGCUGAUAUUAAGGCUAUUUGUACAGAGGCUGGCCUGAUGGCCCUCAGAGAAAGACGUAUGAAGGUAACCAACGAAGACUUCCGCAAAUCCAAGGAAAAUGUCUUAUAUCGCAAGAAUGAGGGAACACCAGAAGGGUUAUAUCUAUAAGAAAGGAAGGUUUAUAAUCUUUCCAAGUAACUUAAUAACUAGGAAUACCUACAUAAUGUUGUUUAACUUUUUGCAAAGCCUUUUUUUGGAAAUGUAAAAAUCUGGGUCCAAUUUUGUGGCGCAGACUUCUAUACUUAUGGGCGACGGAAUCAUGCACAUUAGAGUGCCCCAUAAGUCCAGCAUUCUGCGGUAAGCAGUGCCAUGAAACUGGGCCCUAUGAUGACUUGACUUACAUAAAUGUUUCUGAAACUCUGCUUGGUGGAUAUUUAUUUAGGCCCUCUGCACAAAAGACCUUCUUAGAUUAACAAAAAUUCUUAAAGUUCAAAAUAAAAAAAAAUAAAAACAUGUUGACAUUACAGUCGGUUGUUUAGUUUUCAAAAUAUUUGAUAAGUAAGGCAGACCUUCAGUUGCUGUUAUAAAAACCUGAUUAAAUUCACUAGUAAGUUGUAUUUACACUGCGGGUUUGACGGAUGACCUUGAGGUUAGACCUUAAUGCAAAUGACGUUUGUUUGCUGAUUGGCCCAUUCUAAGACCUCUCCUAUUUUUUUGUAUGUUUCCAUUGUUUCAUUAUCGGUUUACCUCUGUCUAAUAAUUUAUGACGGCUGGAUGACAUCAAUGCGUAAGGUCGAUUAUAACUGAAAGCAUUCUUAUUCAUAUUGAAGUUAUCAUAAAUUAGUUUAUGAUGCUACAUUUUAACACAUCAAGUAGUGUUACUUUUGUGGUUUCGAUUUUUGUUUGUCGAAUGAGUUUUGACCAUUCUUUAAUUACAACUACAGUUAAAAGAAACCAUUAAAUGUAAGCAUGUUCAUAUCCUGUGCUUUAAUGGUUGUAGUAUGUGAGCUCCAGUAUUUUUGUGCAAAAAUGACAAGAACCAAGGAAAAAAUGUAA